UCACUGCUAGACACUGAGUUUUUCAGUUACAUUUGAGUUAUUGUUUUUCAGUUACAAAUAGAUCUCAGUUUCCGGAGAGCCACACCAAUUACCAAGACAACAUGCAGACCCUCUCUCACCACUUGGUCGUGUCCAGCCACAGGCAGUCUCCAUUUCCGGUCACUAGCAUCACUAGAAGAAGCUCAAGCUCACUUGCAUUUGCUCGUAGAAUCCCCACAGUGAAAUGCACCUCUAUCAGUAGCUCAUCGUUAGGUACGAAUGGGACAAAGUUUGUGGAAGCAUCUAAAAAUGCAAAUGUUGUUCCACUCUAUCGAUGCAUAUUCUCUGAUCAUCUUACUCCGGUUCUAGCAUAUCGGUGCUUGGUUGAAGAAGACAAUCGAGAGGCUCCAAGUUUUCUUUUUGAGUCAGUUGAGCCACAUCCUGUUGUUUCUAAAAUUGGACGUUAUAGUGUAGUUGGAGCUCAACCAACAAAGGAAAUCGUUGCAAAAGAAAAUAAGGUAACAAUAAUGGACCAUGAGGAAGGGAGUUUGGUUGAAGAGUUGGUUGAAGAUCCAAUGGUGAUUCCUAGAAGAAUCUCAGAGGGCUGGAAACCUCAACUUAUUGAUGAACUCCCAGGCACAUUUUGUGGUGGCUGGGUAGGAUACUUCUCAUACGACACAGUUCGCUAUGCCGAGAAGAAAAAACUACCAUUCUCUAAGGCUCCGGAGGAUGACAGAAAUCUUGCUGACAUACAUCUUGGCCUCUAUGACGAUGUGAUCGUUUUUGAUCAUGUAGAGAAGAAAGCUUAUGUGAUUCACUGGGUGAGGAUUGAUCGGUACUCCUCUGUUGAGAAGGCUUAUAAAGAUGGGAUGAAACGCUUGGAAGUGUUGGUGUCCAAAGUACACGAUGUAGACCCCCCAAGGCUUUCUCCAGGUUAUGUGAGUUUGGACACGCACACAUUCGGGGCUUCUUUAGAGAAGUCCACCAUGAAAAGCGAAGAAUUCAAAGAUGCGGUUAAAACAGCAAAAGAACAUAUUAAAGCAGGAGAUAUAUUUCAGGUUGUUUUAAGUCAACGUUUUGAGCGGCGAACAUUUGCUGAUCCAUUUGAAGUGUAUAGGGCACUGAGAAUAGUCAAUCCAAGUCCCUAUAUGACAUACUUGCAGGCUAGAGGGUGUAUCCUGGUUGCUACAAGUCCGGAAAUUCUUACACGCUCAAAGCAGAAUAAGAUUAUCAAUCGGCCAUUGGCUGGAACUGUGAGAAGAGGGAAGACAAAGGAAGAAGAUGAGAGUUUGGAAGUUCAGCUGCUAAGUGAUGCAAAGCAAUGUGCAGAACACGUCAUGCUUGUUGAUCUGGGUCGAAAUGAUGUUGGAAAGGUCUCAAAAAAUGGUUCGGUGAAGGUGGAAAAGCUUAUGAAUGUUGAACGGUAUUCCCAUGUGAUGCACAUAAGCUCCACGGUUACGGGAGAGUUAAAUGAUGAUCUCACUUGCUGGGAUGCUCUGCGUGCUGCAUUGCCUGUUGGAACCGUUAGUGGAGCACCCAAGGUGAGAGCCAUGGAAAUAAUUGACAACCUGGAAGUAACAAGGCGUGGCCCAUAUAGUGGUGGGUUCGGUAGUGUAUCUUUCUCUGGGGACAUGGAUAUUGCUCUAGCUUUGAGGACAAUGGUAUUCCCUACAGGAAAUCGAUAUAACACAAUGUACUCUUAUAACAAGGAUGGAACCAAGCGCCAGGAAUGGAUUGCUAACCUUCAAACUGGUGCUGGUAUAGUGGCUGACAGUAAUCCUGAUGAUGAACAACAAGAAUGUCAGAACAAAGCUGCUGGUCUUGCUCGUGCCAUUGACUUGGCCGAAUCUGCUUUUCUUGAUAAAUGAGGUUCAGUUUUAGCUGUGCCAAUGUAGGUGUUCAUUUGGGCUGAGUUGUAACUAGAAUAUCAAUAAUU